AUGAUAUAUAAUCACAAAGGAGAGGACUAUUUGUUGCAUCUUGUUGACACCCCAGGCCAUGUUGAUUUCCGAGCAGAAGUAACGCGGUCCUACGCCAGUUGUGGUGGUGCGCUGCUGCUGGUCGAUGCCAGCCAGGGUAUACAGGCUCAAACCGUCUCCAACUUUCACCUCGCGUUUGCUCAGGACCUAGCUCUUAUUCCUGUUGUCAACAAGAUAGACAUGCCGUCUGCUGAUGUGCCCCGAGUUCUCGAGCAGAUGCAAACAUCAUUCGAGCUAGAACCCUCUUCGGCCGUCCUCGUAUCAGCCAAAACUGGUAAGAAUGUGGCUAACAUCUUGCCCGUGGUUGUGGAGCAGGUGCCGCAUCCUGUUGGCGAGAUCUCUAAGCCCCUACGGAUACUGCUGGUGGACUCCUGGUACGACAAUUUUCGGGGUGUCAUUCUUCUCGUCCGCGUCUUUGAUGGCCAGGUCAAGGCCGGCGACAACCUUGUCUCAUUCGCAACUGGCCACAAAUACACCGUUGGCGAGGUUGGUAUACAAUAUCCGAACGCCGUUCCACAGAGUAUUCUUCGAGCUGGACAGGUCGGCUACAUCUACUUCAAUCCGGGCAUGAAGCGUAUUCAGGAUGCGAAACUCGGUGACACAUUUACAACCGUCGGAUCGGAAGAUAUGGUCAAGCCGUAUCCGGGGUUUGAGGAACCCAAACCAAUGGUGUUCGUCGCAGCAUUCCCUACUGAUCAGGGCGACUAUACACGCCUCGCAGACAGUAUAAGCCAGCUGGUACUUAACGACAGAAGUGUCACACUGCAGAAAGACUAUUCAGAGGCAUUAGGGGCGGGUUGGCGACUGGGAUUUCUUGGUAGCUUGCAUUGUUCUGUGUUUCAGGAUCGCCUGAAGCAGGAACACGGUGCCAGCAUCAUCAUCACCGACCCGACUGUGCCAACCAAAGUCGAAUGGGCCGACGGAUCAGAGACAAUAUACCAAAAUCCGGCUGAGUUUCCUAGCCAGGAUGAGCACCGGAUGCGUGGCGCAACCGUAUACGAGCCGUACGUCCACUGA